CCCGCCGGGACACACCUGCCCUCAGCGUGCGCGUCCGCUGCCGCCCUGGGACGCGGGUCUCCAUACAGUCAAGCCGAGUCGCUGCACGAGCGGAAACCCCGGGCCCGGCCGGCGCCGCGCGGGAUACGUUCUCGCAGGGGGGCGGCGGAACCCGCUUCCCGCGCUUCUGCGCUCGCGACACGGAGGGCGGAAGCGGCGACACGGAGGGAGGAAGUGGCGGCCCUGCUUCCGGCGCCAAGGGCGCAGAGGCCGCGUCCGGGCUAUGGCUGCGCUCGGCCGGCGGGCCUUUGGUCGGCACUGCCUCAUCCCCCUCACCUGGGCCUGUGUUGCUGGGCAGACUCUUCAUGGAGCACAGAAGAGGGUGACUGCUUCUUUGCUUCAUAGACUGACCAUGGCCUCCAAUGGAGGGGGCCUUGAGGAAACCUAUGUUGAAACCAAAAAUGAUGUUCAGGAACCAGAGUGCAGGACAAAUCUGACUCAGUGCCUCCUUGAGAAGCAGAGGACUCCUGUGGCUCGAGGGUCCUUGGAGCGAGAGGAGGUCGUCCUUUCCCUCGUGGACAUGGGCUUCAGUGAUGUCCACAUUCAUGGACUGCUCAGUGUACAACCAGGUACCCACCCUCAACAGUUGCUUGACAUCAUUUCAGAAUUACUACUGUUGGGUUUGAAUCCAGAGCCUGUGUAUGUAGCCUUGAAGAAAAGUCCUCAAUUAUUGAAACUGCCUAUAAUGCAAAUGAGGAAGCGCUCCAGUUACCUGAGGAAGCUUGGUCUUGGAGAAGGGAAACUAAAGAGGGUACUUCAGUGUUACCCUGACAUUUUCACCGUGCGUCAGCGUGACCUUGACAGCAUCGUCAACGUUCUCAGAGAGAAGUGCCUCUUCACGGGGCGGCAGGUGACCCAGAUUUUGCACAGUUGCCCUCACGUUCUUCAGGAGGACCCCGCUGAACUGGAAUACAAAUUCCAGUAUGCCUAUUUUAGGAUGGGGCUCCAGCACGUGGACGUGGUGAGGAGCGACUUCCUGCAGUACUCCAUAGCCAAGACCAGGCAGAGACACGUGUUCCUCGAGCGCCUGGGAAGGUACCAGACUCCUGAUAAGAAGGGGCAGACACAGGUCGCCAACCCUUCACUCAAGGACAUUCUCAGAGUUUCAGAAGCCGAGUUUUUGGCCAGGACAGCCUGUUCUUCUGCCGAGGAGUUUCAGGUUUUUAAAAAGCUCUUGGCUCGGGAAGAGGAAGAAGAGUCUGAGAGCCACAUGCCUGAUGAGAAAAGUGCAAGUCUGGAGGAGGAGGAGGGGGUGAGGGAGGGGUACGGGGAGGGGGAGGGGUUGGGGGAGUGAUGGAAGGAACUGACUGGAACUAAGCGCCCAGAGAUGUCAAAGAAUAUUCUCUAAUUUUCUCUUGGGAGCUUCACUAGGAUCUUCUCAGAUGAUUUUUCAUUUAAAAACUGUCCUUCUGAUGAAAAAACUAUUGUAAGUCACCUGAAAUGUAGGUCAAACUAACUGGAGUGUGACCUGUUGCCAGGUCUCUGGGGAAGGCUCUCUUCUGUCCUGAGUAAAAGAUUUACGUUGAGCUGUUAAGUUAGAGGGACUCAGUGCAUCAGAAUUCGGCUUUAUUUUUCCCCGUUUUGUCUGUGGGUGGUGAUUCCACGACAGGGCUGGGGUGAGGUUCUUUCUGGUCCGGAUGUCUUCUUACAUUUCCUUCUAGUGAUGAAGACAGAAUCAGGAGAAAGCAGCGAGCUUUUAGGACAUCACAGUACUUUAUUUCAUGAAAACAGUUAGCAGGCUUUCCAUAAAAAUACUGCGUCACAAUUGCAUUCUGUGUACAGCAGAGGAAAGGGAGCCGGGAUGUGGUUUCAUUCUGUGCAGCUUCUCAUGCCAGCAGACCAUUGGGCUUCUCUCUCCCUGUAAGGACGGCCUGGGCUUUGACCUUGUGGGGAAGUUUGUUUUCACACCAGCUAAUGGCCAGUGGGCCACGCCCAGGCCUGAAGUCUGUUGCAGCUGAGGGCGGACCUGGAGUGGACACACAGAAAGGGGACAUGGAGCGGGCCUCUCCAGCCAUCCCUGCCCACUUUACAGGCAGGUUCUGAGUCCAGGGGCAGGGCAGGGUGGGGCGUGGAGCCACGGCCACAGCUCUGGGUCUGGUGCCACGGCAGGGAGCUCUCCGUGAUGCCAGAGGGGGUGGCAGACCCCUCAGGGAGCCCAGGGGUCUGAACAGUGAUUUGGGUCGGGCCAGGGAAUGGAAUGUGCUGAGCCUGGGGUCACCUCUGAGGGAGAGGCCCACCCUGCUGACAGGAGCCCCACGCAAGGUGGGAGGAUCGGUGUCUUAGAGCAUUCUGGGUAUCCCUCCUUGGGAGGGACUGGCACAGGAUAGAUGCUGCACAAAACAUUCUUGGUGAUGUGAUGAACAUUUGGGGCUUGGCAGCAUUUUAACAGCUGUGGAGACUCCUGGGGCCUGGCCUUGUAUUUCCAUAGAGGCCAUGUAGGAGCCUGUUGGCACGGCUCUCACCUGAGGCUAUCUUGAUCAUCUAGCACGCCUGGGGACUUGGCUGCUAGGCAGGUAGUGCAGUUGGGAUCUUGUGGCUCUAGGCCAGGGCUGCCGUCAGCAUCCUACCACACAGGGCAGUCCUGCGAUGGAUGUGACCCGAAACAGCAGUGCUGAGGCCAGGUCUCCGUGGGAAGGCUUGGUCCAGCAGGAUGUGACUGUCGGUUCAUGGGAACUCGAGAUUUUAUGUGGGCUUCCAUUUACUGUAUUCCUUUAUCUAAAAGAGAAGCAGAAACUGGUCUCCAAGGAGCCCUCUCCAGGCCCUUACGUGCUGCCAGCAGCCCGGAGCUGUGUUCCUCGGGGGUGCAGCCCGCAAAGUGCCGGCUGCUCCCUCCGGGCUCAUAUUCAAGCACGACUGGGAGAGAGACAUUGCUUUGCAGAAGAAAAGUAGCUCAGUGAAUCCUUGGCCUCCGAGUCCCACUUUAGUGGCAAUGGUUCACCAGCGGGAGUCCUGCUGAGCGAGUGCUGGCGUUGGCUCGCGCUGGGGGGAACCAGGGAGGUCGUCUUCACUGCCUUUCUUGGCCAUGGGCACAUUAUUUGAAACUGAAGACAUUUAACUCUGUGCCAGUGACUCUCCCGCUUUUUGCAUCCCUGUGUGGCAUGUUCCUGGAACCGAGAGUCCUUGUGUGCUGCCGGAGGACUGCGGAGGAGCCUGAAUCUGUGCGUGACCACACGGUCAGUUCACCCGAGGUUAGGCGCCAUGUUGCUUCCUUGGCGACUCACAGGUGCUCCUUUCACCUUGACAGGAGGGAAAUGUUGGGCCCUGAUUGAUUACCGUCUUCCUUGGGUGGGCUUUGGAUAGUUUUAAGGAAGAUGUUAAAGCUUUAAGAAUUAAAGAGUUUAAGAAUAAGAGUUUUAAGCCAUGUGAAAAAAGCAGUGGCUCAUUUGGGAUGUUUCCAGGAUGGACUAUCACUCCUUUAACAUCAGGGAGUCUUUUCCCAGAUAACUGACUAGCCAGUCUCCAGACGGUGCACCAUGCUCAGGACUCAGUAGACUUUCUUACAGAAACAAAUGCUAGCGCGAUAAACCCUAGACCGUUUCGACGUUCCCCUUGUGGCUUGAGGUCAUUAACACGGCGGUAGAGUUUCGUGGACUUUUCCAGUGAUGCCACUUGAUCCUGCCGUUGGCUGGCGAUGCAGCAGGUCACACGGAUGCUUGGUGACUGGCCCCGGUGCCACAGUCCAGGAGCCAGCAGUCCGUGUCUGUCUCUGUGCUUUCUCUCCAUUCACCCAGUGUUGGAGCCCCUUGGGUGAGCUCAGCUGGCUUCUCCAGGGGGGCCUUGGAAACAGGGCUUUCUGGAGUACAGCAGAGACUUCUUGAAAUGAUUAUUCCUCCUUUCUGAAAGUAACAAAUUGCAAUAAAUCACAGACAUACGUGCACAAAAUUUUAGUAAAAAUAAAAAGCCAAAAUAUA